AUGAUAUCCUCAUAUCCGAUGUACAAGAAGUGUAGGAGAACUCAAUCUCACACAUGUCUCAGAAUUCCACCUCCUGGGAAUCUCAGAAGAUCCAGAUCUACAGCCAUUCUCUUUGUGCUGUUCCUGUUCAUGUACCUGGUCACAGUGCUGGGGAACCUGAUCAUCACCCUGGCUGUCAUUAUUUACUCCCACCUCCACACCCUCAUGUACUUCUUCCUGUCCAACUUGUCAUUAACUGACAUCUGUUUCAUCUCCACUACUGUCCCAAAGAUGAUUAUGGACAUCCAAACUCAAAGCAGAGUCAUUUCCUAUGUGGGUUGUCUGACACAGAUGUCUCUUGUUACUAUUUUUGGAUGUAUGGAGGACAUGCUUCUGACUGUGAUGGCCUAUGACAGGUUUGUGGCCAUCUGCCACCCCCUGCAUUAUCCAGUCCUUAUGAACCCUCGCCUCUGUGCCUCCCUAGUUUUGGCGUCAUUUUUCAUUAGUAUUUUGGACUCCCAGUUGCAUAAUUUGAUUGUCUUACAGUUUACUUGCUUCAAGAAAGUGGAAGUUUCAAGUUUCUGCUGUGAACCUGCUCAAAUCCUUAAUCUCAACUGUUCUGAUACCUUUGUCAAACAUAUAAUCACAUAUAUGGUUGGUGGAAUAUUUGGUUUUCUUCCAAUCUCCACAAUACUCAUCUCUUACUAUAAAAUAGUUUCCUCUAUUCUAAAAAUCACAUCAUUAAGUGGAAGGUAUAAAGCAUUUUCUACAUGUGGGUCUCACCUGUCAGUUGUUUGCUUAUUUUAUGGAACAGCUAUUGGUGUGUACCUUGAGUCAUCUGUAUCACAUUCUUUCAGACACAGUGUGGUGUCUUCAGUGAUGUACACAAUUGUCACUCCAGUGCUGAAUCCAUUCAUCUACAGUCUCAGGAACAGCGAUAUUAUCAGCACCCUGAAGGCCUCUGAAGGCCAAAAAGCAAUGGCUAAUGUCAGGUACUAA